AUGGAAAAUAAUGUGCUAAAGAUAAAAUUGAUUUCGUUUAAAAAUACGACGAAAUCAAGUUCAAGUCAUGUUCUUUGUUAUGUGAAAAAGCUGACAAACUUACCAUCGAGUGACGAUUCUUCGGUAAUUCUUGCACAAACCGACUCAUCUACAGCACUUGUUCGUUCGAUUGGUGACACAUUUGAUUGGACAAAUUCGGAUGGAAAUUAUUGUCAGUUAAUAUUCUUAACAUCGAAAUCGAAAUCGAAAGUUAUUGCUGAUGUCAUUUUAUGGUACGAUCAUUUAUUAAAACUUCUCGACGAUCGUCGAUAUAAAGAAUCUGAAACAGAUUUACUCUGCAGCACAACAAUUCGAAAAGAUUAUCAGUUUGAAUUUAGUGUUCGAUUACUUGAUGAUCAGAUGCCUGUCUUGUCCGAAACGCCAUCGACAAUAUCGAAAGUGACAUUGAAUAGUAAACUUUCUGGCCGACAGACUGUUCGUGGACACAUAAUGAAAAUCCAACAGUUCAAUCAUCCAGUCCAUUGUGCUAUUUGUCAUGGUUUUAUUUGGGGUUUACACCAUCAAGGCUUCGAAUGUUCACAAUGCUCUCUCGUCACACACCGGAAGUGUCAUCAACAAAUACCAUUCUGGUGUCGUAAAUCUCUUUUUCCAGAACCUGCUACAUCCAACGAAGGCUUUCGAUUAAAAUUUGAUGUUUCUCAUAAAUUUAAACAACAUGAGGCGCCGUUUGUUCGAGCGUUAGUCACUCGAAACCAUGGGCAUUGUAACCAUUGCGGCUCACCAAUCUUUCGAAAUGCUCUCAAGUGUACACAAUGUCAUUUUAUUAUUCAUGAACAUUGCAAAUCAAAUGUUCCUCUCAUGUGUACACUCGCAUAUGAUUCCAUAGCUGAAGCCAUACCUAACACUACCCCACCAUCACAUAUAGGUGUGCGCUUUCAUCCACCUAAAGCAACUAUUAACCUACGUGAGCAAUCGCGAUCGUCCUCGUUCGAUUUUUCAUGGCUUGAAUCAUUAUCGGAGUUGAAUGUGACGACAAAUAAAGCUGUACCUUUACCGAAAUUCAGUGAUUUCGCAUAUGUUGGCCGUGUUGGCGAUGGUGCAUUUGCACAAGUUUAUUGUGUUCAACAUAUUGCGUCAAAACAGCAUAUGGCCAUCAAAGUUGCUGACGGAUCAAAUGAGCAAGCACGACAACAAUUAGAAGUAGAACGACAAAUUUUAUUUCGAUAUAGUCAAGGAAAUCCCUAUAUGAUCAGAGCACACUGUACAUUUCACCAAGGAACGAAACUGUUUCUUGUUAUGGAACUUGUGCAAGGUGGAUCGUUAUAUCAUAAGAUUCAAACUACACGUAUGAAUGAAGAUGACAUACGAUUUUAUCUAGCAGAACUCAUCUGUGUUAUACAAUACUUACAUUCUAAGAACAUCGUCUACCGAGAUUUGAAACUCGAGCAUGCAGUUGUCUGUUCCGAAGGUCACAUACGUCUCGUUGAUUACGGACUUGGCCGAUUACUGAAAUCUCACAAUGAAGCUUGCCAUACGUUCUGUGGUACAUACAGUUACAUGGCUCCCGAAGUUCGCUGUUUGGAAACCAGUUCAUCGGAAGAAGGUUAUAGUUAUCCGGUUGAUUUCUGGGCACUUGGUAUUAUGUUUGUGCAAAUGUUAUUUGGCGAACAAAUAGAUUUUGCUUCUCAAAUGUUUUCGAAUGGUGAUCAAAGUACCGAACAAAAAAAUCUAGCUGAGUUAUUGGAAUUACCUCGUCAUACCAGUCCGGAAGCGUGUUCGUGUAUUCACGGUUUACUUGAAAAUGAUCCAAAGAAACGAUUAGGUUCACCAGAUUCACCACAUGGUCCUAUUCGUGAUCAUCCCUUUUUCAAAAUGGGUUAUCGGAUCGAUUGGCAAGAAAUUGAAGACGGAGUAUUCAAACCAUUAACAAAAAAUCAAUAUAUUGCACCUGUUUUAUCUGACGUAUCGAUUCAUCGACCACUUUCUACUCUCCUACUGGAUAGAGGAAGUCAUGGACAAGCUGAUUGGUUAGAAGCUGGACGAUCUACAUGUACAUUAGCAGAAGAUGAACAAUUAAAAUCAUUUGAUUUCAUUAAUCAAUCUACAUGGCUGGAAUUGACUCAAGCAGAUGCUUGA